AUGAGUCGACGGGCAUCUGCUGUCAGAAGUCAAUUACUUCUGGAUUUCUCUGAAACAGACCUGAACAAACUGCAGCAGCAGUACCGCAGAGCAGAGAGAGCCAAGCGGGCACUUACUGAGAAAACCGAACGUGUCAUCAACAGAGGAAGAGAAGAGAUCCAGAAGCUCCAGGAUGAACGUGAAGGGCUGUUGUGGAUUCUUCAGUGUCGUUUUAACCAUUUGACUGAUGCUAGUGUUAUUCAAGAUUGUACUGCCAUGCUGGCCUGUAAGGACAGAAUAGAUGAAGAGCUGCAAGCAGAGAAGGCCAAAGCAGGGUCAUUGAAAGAAGAGAUUUUAAAAUGGGAGAGGAUGUUGGCAGGACAGGGGACUGGUGGGGAAACAACACACCGUGUUAUAGAAUCUGACGAGAGCAACUUACUAAACAACAUCGGCUGGGCAGAAAACAAAUUGUACAGGACAGACCUGCGGUCCCGCAGGAGUUACGGAGGAGAAGCCGGGGCUGCAGGUGCAGUAUAUCUAUCUAUCUAUCAUAAGCUGAUGCACAGGAAUGGAGAGUUGAGGGAGGAGCUGAUGGUGCUACAGGUGGAGAAGAAACAGUUUCUGCGUGUUCAAUCUCAUUUGGAAAAGGAACUGCGCGCAAUUCGCAAGGAUAUUUGUAACCUGAUGACUAAAUGCACUGAAGCCACCAGUACCAGUGUGAAGAUCCAUGAAAAACAGCAGAUGCUGAGAGACCAGAAUGCAAAGGAUGUGGCUCAGUACAUCAAAGAAUGGGGCAACCUGGGGCGAGAAAUCUCCCGUUACUGCUACUUUGAGUCUUUCUUAGGCAUGAAGGCUAUUGCACGCAACAACCAGGACAGCGACCACAGAAAUGUGGAGAAGUGUGACCAGCUGCAGUCAAAGGAAUUGGAACUGGAGGAUUUUGAGGAUGCAAUCAAACAAAUCCUCAGAGAGACAGAGGAAAAUGACGUGGACACUCUGAACAGGAACUUUAUACAAAUGGAGGGGCAGAGCUACACUUUACUUAACUUUGUCAGCUGUCAGCUCAAUGAAGCUGAGGUCAUUCGAAGGCAGAUCUCUCAGCUUUACAGUGAGAGAGAGAUCUUUCUGGCUGAGGAGCAGCAGCAGCAGGAGCAGCUACAGGCUCUUCGGAUGAGAGUUGCCAUUAAGCAAGAGGCUACUGAACAACAGCUGGCAGUUUACCAACAACGUGUUGAGUUCAUGGAAAAUCUCCUAGAUCAGUUCAAAGCAGGCCUUGAAUCAUUGCUUCAGAUCACUUAUGACAACUCGGUGAUCUGCGAUCAGUCUGGCUCCUCUGAUCGAGUCCUGGAUAAAAACCUCAAAGAGUACCUGAGAAUGGUGGAGGACAGGCUCAAUGAGCUCCUCACUCUGCAGUCCUUUCUUCACUUCCAGGAAAAGUCUAGCCAGUGGGACAUUGACAGUCUCAGUACCAUUGCUGGGCAGCUCAUAGGCAUAACCCCACCGGCUGCCAGCCUGACCACUGCUGCUGCAACCCCUGCACCUGAUGAUGAACCAGACUUGGUGGAGUCAGUGCUGCUGGAGGCGAAGGAGCCAAUGAGUAGGGAGGAUCUCCUCACACUGGUUAAUAAGAGGUCAGACAAGAUAGAAAGUAGGUUUACUAUUAUUCAUCCCUCAGACUCAGAGGAGAAAGACAGACUGACCUGA